GAGGAGAGGAGACUCCUUCUGGACCCAUCAUACCACCAUGCUCAGCUAGAAUCGAUUAAAGACUUUACCAGCGGGGCGGUGAAGUUGCUUGCAAAAGCAGUAUUGAUUGUUGAUAAGACCAGCAUGUAUUUUGGUAACGUCUGUCAGACCACUACCCUGCCUUCAUUGGACCUUGGGCCUCCUGUGGGAGGAGUCCACCAAUCCAUGGAGCUGAAGCCCCUCCUCCCGCUCAGCCUGUUCCAUGGUUUCACUGAAAUGGACCGCGUUCACAAAUCCCAGAUUGGUCCAGGAUUUGGACUAACCACGCCCCUUAUGAGGAAACCCAGCUCAUCGUGUGCCGUGUGCCGACUGAGGUUCAACUCAGAGAGCCAGGCCUCAUCCCAUUACAAUGGUACCAAACACUUCAAGAGGCUCAAAGCCCUUGACCCACCAGACUGCAAGACCAGAGCCCCUGACACAGUAACCAAGGAAACCACGACCAAGAACGUAUCACCCUGCCCUGUGCCGCCCAGCUCAGAACCCAGUUCAACAGAUGUCACAGCCGGAGCCGUGUUGUCACCACCCUCUGCCUCUGGGGUGGUUCCAUUGACCUGCAGCCCAUCUGUAUCCAUGGAAAUGCCCUCUGACCCCUCUCUGUCACUCUGUCCCCUGGUGGAGAAGGAGAAGGAGAUGGAGGGAGAGGUGGAGGAGGUUGUGGAGUCGGAGGAAAAGAAGGCUAAGAGACUACUAUACUGUUCUCUCUGCAAGGUGGCGGUCAACUCUGCAUCCCAGCUACAGGCUCACAACAGUGGCACGAAACACAAGACAAUGCUGGAGGCCAGGAGCGGCGACGGAGCCAUAAAGUCAUUCCCCAGGUCAGGGGUCAAAGCCAAGCUGGCCCCUCCCACCGAGGUGUCAACGGGGCUCCAGAACAAAACUUUCCACUGUGAGAUCUGCGAUGUGCACGUCAACUCCGAGACACAACUCAAACAGCGCCCUAGCGGGCACAUGAGUGCCGGGCAGGCCAAAUCUCAUCUCCCCAGGCACCGCAGACUGCCGCCCCGCCAAAUGAAGGGCCAGACAGGGUGCAAAAACCGAGACGAACCCGCCCAACACACCGCAAACAGAAAUACGAAGACAGUGACGCAAAGCCAACAGAAUAACACGAUCAAAAAGGCCCAGCCCGACCCGGCCCCACAAGACAGAGCCAAGGUCGGCGCACCGGGCGCCGCCCGAAUACCGGCCUCAACAGCGAAGAGAGCCACCCAGCUGACACGAUACAAGCGCCAGCAACCCACCGCACACAAGCAAGACCACGUCCGACGGCUGACACGCAACCGCACAGCAACCAUCCACCCACCGCUCAGCCCACCCGAGCAAGACCAACAUACGACGGCGCCAGCCGCCCCGCCAACCUACACACAAACAGCGCAGCACGCGCAGCCAAACUACCUCGAACCCUCCAACAACACCAAGACCGGACGCACCCAGCGAGCCAUCCCCCCGACCAAAUGA